AUGGUGGCAUUGUAAGGUAAAAAAGACCCUAAAGGCUAAGGUUUAAUAAACGAAAGAUUAAGCUUUGUUCUACCAAAAGUAUUAUAACUAAUGUUAAGUUAUAAUAAAACUUCACAAAAGAGCAGAUUUAGUAAAGUAAUGUUUACUUAAAAAGAAUAAAAAAGCUUACCACAACACUUAUGGUACCUAAAAUCCAAGCUGCUAGAAAAACUACGACAAUAACCCAAUCAUUAACAGUACUGUUAACUACGUGUAACUUGGAUUGCGGUGACAAUGAAGUAAACAUUCGAGAAACGAAUUGCAAAAAUAAUGCUAUUCGGGCAGUUACAGUGUUAAUAACCACAACUAAUGUCCACGUGGUUAAAGAGGUGGUUAAGUAAUUAAUAGGCCCUCCAAGUACAAAACAUGGCGUUGGGAAUAGUAUCAUUAUACCAAGUAAUGGAGUUGAACGUGUUGUGGGGGAAGAGACUGAAGUUAAACAUGUCCCACUAACAACUCAGAACAGCGACAGAGGUCGCGACACUCACAUUCUUCACGUUAAUCACAAUAUCAAUGGAGUGCAAGAUACCAAACCUUAUUCUAAUGGAGUUCAAGGUUCACAACAAGAGACGAGCAGAAGAGAUAGUCAUCAUAAUGUCAACAUACGAUACGUGGGUCCAAUUCAUGUGGAUACUACAGAGAAAGCAGAAGAUACCAAGUAUCAGCCAACCGCUGGUUUUGUGGGAAAUGAUCCUAUUAUAGUUGAUCGGAAUGACGCUUAUCAUUCGGAGAUCAUAGCUGAUGAAGCUGAAGAAGUUACUCCAAUUAUCACACAAGAUAUACGACCAGUAGUUGUUGAUGUUGAAGAUCAUGAUCGGACUGGACGCAAUGAAUAUAUUGUUCAUGUAAGUUUAAUUAAAAACACCAAAAAGGUUUAAAGAAAAUGUUAAAAAAAUUAUUCUCACUUGAUAGUACCUAAAAUAACAUAUUUUGUUCAAAAAACAUUUUGUUGUGCUUAUUUACAGACGACAACAACAUACACACAAUCAGAAAAACAAACGUCUAAGAACCCGUCAGCUCCCAGCACUCCACAUUCAGUACGUCGUACUGACAACGUUCAAACAGCUUCAGUUCAAACGGAAGCUCAAGCUGUACCUAUUGUACCAGUUGAAAGAGUCGCGGUUAAACCCGUCGAUGUGGCUUCUCACAGUCCUCCACGACAAAGAUACAGUUGCCGAUCUUAUGAAGAAGGUAAACAUAUUAUUGUUGGUUCUGGUGGCUAAUAUUUUCUUUAUCGAGUUGUUGAGCCUAAAAUACAAUUUUUUAAAAGUUAUUGCUAAAUUUGAUAUUAGAAUACGAAGUUUAAGGAGAAUAUAUAUACUUUUGUUUCAGAAACCCGACCACAACCUCGCCACGAGUACGAGUACCUAGCUGGAGCCAAACGACCAAAAGUGCUGCCUCCAGGCAUCUACAAGCCAACUCCAAUCACGGGUCUUUUACCUAAAGACAACUACGACAACAAGCAGAACGACCGGUACGAAAAGUUUGAGAAUCGGUACCAGAAUGCCAGCUAUCAUCCCCAAUAUGUCAGACCUAAUAAUGUUUACGACACUGACAGACCUUUUUCAAGGCAUUCGCGACAGAAUUCAGAAGUACUCGGAUACCACACUAGAAAUCAUUCUGUUGACAGUGUCAAUUUCAAUCGUAAGUUUGGAAUUGGUCAUAUUUGUUUUAAUAUUGUAAAUUAUGAUAUUAUGUAUACCUCUAUGAUGUGAUUGACAACUUUCAGAACCAAUCCCACUAGCAGGAAUGCACAGUUUAAGACAACCACCACCAAAGUAUAUCAAACCUUCAGAUGCUCGUAAGUAAAGGUUAUAACGAAAUUUCAAAUACAGUACUCUCUCUAUAUAAGCAACCUGUCGCGAAGUUGCGAGUUAAGAAAUACAAAAACAUGUUUACAAAAAUAUAGAACCGAUCCACAACAAAGAAGGUCUUUUUUAUCUUGCAAAAACUGUUUAUAGUUAGGCCGAUUUGGCCAAAAACUGAGAAGUCUCUAACCAACUAUACCGCGGAUCGGUCGUAUUUUAUAUUUUUGGAUAAAUAAAUAUUUUAUAUACUGUAACUAGCUAAUAAUACUAAUAUUCAUAAUAAUUUUAUGACACAACCCGAAGGGACCGACAUUUUGUGUUUACUAUAAGGGGUGUUGUCUUUACAGAGAGACUUUUUAGUGCAAAUUGACUUGGCGGGACCAGAUUUCUUGUUUACUAUAAGGAGAGUUGCUUAUACAGAUGGUUCACUACAUAGAGAGACCACUGUAUAUUUCAAUGUGAUUGGUGAUAACUUAUUGCUGAUUACAAUGCUUUUAGCUCGGCCAUUAUUUUCAACGUCAAAUUAUGGCCGAUGGCUCGAGGUGGUGACUAGUUACGAAGCUCAAGGUGAACAUCAAUUAAGUCUGAAUUCUGGAGAUCGAAUCAAGCUGAUCAAAUCUGGUACUCGCGGUUGGGUUCUUGGGCGUACUAUUGAAGGACGGUGUGUUAUAAAUUGGCACAGUCGGUUUAAGGCAAAUCAUUUUGGUCUGAGAUCAGAUCAGACGUUUACUUUACAAAAGUGCGGAUCGUGCAAUCUUUUUAGACACAAAAUUUUGGUAUUGAACUCAUUGAUUGUGCUUAUAUAA